AUGACGGGAAAGGUGGGUGCCGGAGGUAUUCGGAAAGAGGUGGCGCCGCUGAGUUCGGCGGAGAAGAAAGAGACUGCGCCGGGGCUUGCGGUGGACAAGGAGAAAGAGAACGAAAAGAAGGGUGAGGGUGAGGAGGUUGGGGAGAAAAACGACGUCGUUUCGCAGGAAGAGUGCCUCGAGAACCCGCACCGAUUUCCACAUGGGGUUGCGUUCGUUUCAAAUAGUAGCAGUAUGGAAGGUGGAUUUGUGGAAGAAGGUGACAUGAAACAAUGGAAAGAAAUGCAUCUUGCCUUGCCCCCCUCUUUCCUUUAUGGGGAUGGGAAAGAAGGGGCUUCUUUGAUUUUUGAUAUUGGCAUGGAAAUCGAGCAACUAUCCAACCUAAACCGACCAUGUGCGUGUUCCUCAAUCCAAAGAUUGGUUCUUUAA